CAAACCAUAGAACCUCUCAUUGUUGAACCACUCGAAACAUGUCUCCUAGCAUUACCGAAACUGAACAGCUUACCAAAACCCAAGCCAUCACGGGCGAUGAGCAAACUAAAGUUCAACCGAACGCGAAACCUAUGAAAUUUAUUUUACCACCUACGUUCGAUGACAAAGAGGAAGAGCGCAAGUUCAAGCUGGGCAAAUUGGCUGCAGCAUUUCGAAUCUUUGGAAAAUAUGGGUUGGACGAGGGUGUUGCAGGUCACUUAACCUUGAGAGAUCCAAUUCUCAAGGAUCACUUCUGGGUCAAUCCAUUCGGUAUUGCAUUUACCCAAAUGACAGUCUCGGACUUACUUUUGAUCAGCCCAAGCGGUGACAUUGUAGCCGGGGGAAAGCCAGACAGGCAGCUCUACAAUCAGGCUGCAUUUGCGAUCCAUCAUGCUAUUCAUUCCGCUCGACCGGAUGUCGAAGCCGCAUGUCAUAGUCACAGCCUUUAUGGGCGUGCGUUCUCAACCCUUGGCAUCAAACUUGACAUAACUACCCAGGAUGCUUGUGCAUUUCAUAACGACUUGGGGUUAUACACGGGUUUCGGUGGUGUGGCCCUCGCUGAUGAGGAAGGCCAGAGAAUCGCUGAGGCCUUGGGGGAUAAGAAGGCUGUGAUCUUACAAAACCAUGGACUUUUAACGACAGGUCCAAGUAUUGAGGCAGCGGUGUGGUGGUUCAUCUCGCUUGAAAGCCUCUGUCGUAUCCAGCUCUUGGCUGAUGCUGCGGCUGUCGGUCGAGGAAUUCGUCCGAUCGUGGUUGGUGAAGAUGAGGCUAAAUUUACGUAUAAAACUACCGGUUCCGGUUUUGCGGGAUGGGCUCAGGCUCAGCCUUACUUUGACAAAAUACAUACAGAAACCAAUGGGGCUUAUAAGUUAUAGACUCGCCUAACGCAAGUUGUCUCGACGAGUCUCGCUGGUCAUUUCUCAUCGGCUGAUCUUGAGUUUAGUAUAUGCCUUUUUGUUUCAAGGCAAGCAUUGUACACGUAUUAUCAGUCCCUAACUAUGUUCAUCCAAUUGGUCCAAAGCAGCGCCAUCUUAUUAUGUAAAGUAUAUCAUUUAUUUGCACACUAACGUUAAAUGAG